AAGGGACGGCCUCCCGGCCGAAGGGGGCCCUUCCCGGGGGCUCGUUCUCCCGGGAUGUGAGAGAUUUGGCGAGCAACAGCCCCCUCCUAUAGCAAUGGGUUGUUUCAAAGCUUCACCGAGCCAUUCCUGGAUUUAUCCCACCGUGAUCCUGUGUUUAUUUGGAUUUUUCUCCAUGAUGAGACCCUCAGAACCCUUCUUAGUCCCAUAUUUAUCUGGACCAGAUAAAAACCUGACCAGCUCAGAGAUCACAAAUGAGAUCCUUCCCAUCUGGACAUACUCUUACCUGGCACUGCUGUUCCCAGUGUUCAUCGCCACCGACUACGUCCGCUACAAGCCAGUCAUUAUCCUGCAGGGGAUCAGCUUCGUGGUCACCUGGCUGCUGCUUUUGUUUGGCCAGGGAUUUUACUGGUCUCUGUGGUGGGCCUUUUCCACAGCAGGUUUUAACCAAAUUUUGAACUAUGUUCAAAUCCUGUGGGAUUACAAGGCACCAUCCCAAAAUUCUUUCAUCUAUAAUGGGGCAGUAGAAGCUGUUGCAACCUUUGGAGGGGCCGUGGCUGCCUUUGCCGUGGGCUUUGUGAAAGUCAACUGGGAUCUCCUGGGAGAGUUGGCUCUAGCGAUCUUCUCCAUCAUUAGUGCAGGCUCUCUGUUUCUCAUGCAUUACACAACCAACAUCUGGGUAUGCUAUGCUGGCUAUUUAAUAUUCAAGUCCAGCUAUAUGCUUCUUAUAACCAUAGCAGCAUUUCAGAUUGCAGUUAAUCUGAGUGUGGAGCGUUAUGCCCUGGUGUUUGGAAUGAACACCUUCGUGGCCCUGGUGAUCCAGACCAUUAUGACAGUGAUCGUAGUAGAUCAGAAAGGACUCAACCUGCCUAUCAGCAUUCAGUUUUUAGUUUAUGGGAGUUAUUUUGCAGUUAUUGCUGGCAUUUUUCUAAUGAGAAGCAUAUACAUCAUCUGCUCAACCAAGUUCCAAGAGCAGCCACAGAGCUCUGCUACAUGUCAGAAUCCAGCUGAGCCCCACCCAGACGGACCCAGGAAUGUCAACAUGGAAACAAAGCUCUAACCUUAUGGCAACCACUGCAUCCACUGAGAAAGGACCCGCCAGGUCACAAAGCCACCGAGUGACACAAAAUGACACACUUCCUAAGUCUGGAUUUCAAGGAACCUUUUCAAAACCCCAACAAAAUAUCGGUUUUAGACCAGAUGUCUAUGUGCCCAGCUGGAUGCAUUCAACAGGUCCCGUCACCUCAGUCAAACAGUCCGUGCUGGGGACCCCAGGGAGUAGCAAGGACUGGGAAAUUCUGGUUCUGAUUACUCUUUAGGACAUGCAAAUGGCAUGGAAACAAACCACGAGAAACUCCAGUCAUUCUGGAGUUGAUGUUCCCGACUCCAGAGCAGAAAUACUAACUAGAUUCACCUUGUUGCUUGGCUCACAUCUUUGUUUUAUCUUGCUGAAACUGGCAAGAGAGGGGACAUUUUUUGUCACAUGGCCAUUUUCCUUCUUCUUCUAUUCAGUAUAUUUCUAUAUAGCAUGCAGUUCUCUGAGAGAAUUUCAAGGUUUGGUCCCAUUUCUGAGGAUCCCUCUUCAAUCCUGAUAACAUGGCAUUAUUCACAAGCUAAAAUUUGGUAAUAUCACCAUUGAAUUCGGUCAUGAUUAUUUUUCGCUUUGGGUUCUGCUGAGCUUUGUUGUUAAAAAUCUACCUCAGGAAUAGCUCCAGACGUUCCUGGAUAUCCACAGAAUGACAUUCAAGUCAAUUCCUCGUGACCAUAGGGGAGACAACGGGCUUUCUCCCUACCAUGACCCCAGACAGGUGUUUUAAUGCUGUGUCCGUGUGAUCUCUGUGUAAAACAGAGAAACUUAACUAGAAAUUUCUAGGACUUUUUAAGUAUUUUUAAGUAAGAAAAUACUAAUAGGGUGGGGGAAACGCCUAAUU